GCGAGAGCUGUCACACCUGUCUCUUUGCGUCUCAGAGUUAUCGUCAGCGGCACGUGUGAACUCUGCAAAGAAAAGGUUGGAAAAUAAUAUCGGGACUGUAGAGAGGGGCACAGGACGAUACGCCGCAGGUCCCAGAAUGCCUGACGAAAAGGAAGAGGGCAGAGAUCAAUGCUGUAGGCUUAGGCCGGCGAUGGCGGGUCUGUCGGUUCCACGGAACAGAGACUCUACGUCCUGUACUAAGCGGAGUAGUCGGGCCGCGUUCUCUCUCGGUUCGAUUGGCGUUGGCGUCUAUUAGACAGAGCGCGCCAAAUUCACACGAAUGAGAGAGAGAGAGAGAGAGAGAGAGAGAGAGAGAGAGAGAGAGAGAGAGAGAGAGAGAGAGAGAGAGAGAGAGAGAGAGAGCUUGGGUAGCGCAGAGAUAAUCCUACGAAUUAAGCAGCGGCGACGGGAUGGAAGGUUGCGAUAAGGAAACUGUCUGAAAACGCCCUCAAUUAACGUUGAGAGCGUGUCGGAGCUCAACAUUUCACUCGCAUACUAGCCAGCACCAGCUUGACUCACCCGGUGAUGAACUCGCGCACGGACAGUGUGCGUGUCUGUGGGAGGCGCACAAAACGCUGAUACAGGCGCACAGACACGCGCACACACACUCACACACACACACACACAGAGACGGGGAGAGAGAGAAAGAGAGAGAGACAGAGAGAGAGAGAGAGAGAGAGAGAGAGAGAGAGAGAGAGAGAGAGAGAGAGAGAGAGANGAGAGAGAGAGAGAGAGAGAGAGAGAGAGAGAGAGAGAGAGAGAGAGAGAGAGAGAGAGAGAGAGAGAGAGAGAGAGAGAGAGAGGGUGGUGGCGUUGAAUAUGGAGGCGUUUCCUAUGAUGAGGACAGGUGCGGAAAGGGAGGUCGCGGAGGAGCAGAAGAUCCUCUCCCUUUGCCAGAAGGGGUUGACGCGAUUGCCUCCGCUGGGAUUGUUUCCUUGGGCUCGAAUCUUGGAUCUGAGAGGCAACAGGCUUUUAAAAUUAGAGGGCCUGGAGGCUGCCACGUGGGUUGAGGAGCUUCGUAUUGGGCAGAAUCGACUGGUUACCCUCCAAGGGCUGGCACACCUCCCUAUGCUCCGAGCAGUCAAUGCUAAUGACAACUCAAUUGUACAGAUAAGUGGUCUGGAGGGCUGUUCCAUGCUCGAGCUGCUAUACCUCCAUAAUAACAACAUCUCGUCCAUUGAUGGCCUCCAUUCCUUGACACGCCUCCGUGUCCUGGAUCUCUCUUGCAAUCACAUUUCGACACUCCCGAACUUAGCUUCCUGUCACAGCCUGAGAAUGCUUGAUCUGUCAGGGAAUUUUUUAAGCAGCCUUGCACCGGCUCCAGACUGCCUGCCGCCAGGAAUUCAGAAUCUCUCACUUGCAGACAACGAAAUUGAAGAGUUUGCCGACCUCAAGUACCUAACGACAUCAACAGGCCUGGUGGAGCUGCACCUUUCAGGCAAUCCAAUAGCUGCAAUUGCUGCUGGAAGAGGUAUUGAUAUCCAACCUCUGGUGCUUUUCUUGCUUCCUCGGCUUGCCUACUUGAAUGGCACUGACUUGCAAAGAAAUGGUAGUGCAUUGAUGACAUCCAGAGCUCUGUUUACAGAUGCGAAGGGUGAGCUUUCAGAUGAUUUGCUGCAAUUGAUGGGAAAUGGACGUCAAAUGGACCUGAUUGCCUAUCUUGUCGCUAAGUGCCCUGCUUCAAGGCCACUGCGGCCAGCAAUAGAUAGUGUCAAUUCCAAUGGAGCCAAAGUUCCCUCUCCUCAAGUCAGCAGCAGCCACAUGGAGACUAGACCGGGGUCCACUCCCGGAAAUGGCUUUUUAAAUGAACCGAAGGAGUUGUGGGGUGUGGAGCUGGAGAACCAGGAUCCUGCACCAGUGGGAUACAGAAAUCAGGGAUUCGCUCUGAUGGUCAGAAAGGGAUUAGAGAACCCUCCCCUAACAUCAAAUUCUGCACUGACAAAUGGGACUCUGAUGCAUUCCCACAGUGGUUCAGGGACCCCCUUAAGGUCACAUGAGCAAGUCCCAACCGGUGGAGUAACCCAACAGGAUGUCCUCGAUGGCACUGCAUUGUGGGAACCUCGGAACUUUGCAAGGUCUCGCACCAGUGGAAGGAUGCUCUGGAGAGGUGGAGUUGUACAGAUGGCUGGCAAUGCUUUUACUGAGGAAGCUAUGGCUGUGGAUGGAAGAGAGUCGUCAGAGUCUUUUUCAUCCACUGGAUGGCAUCGCAAGCAAGAUCGGACCGGUGGUGCGGAUAUGAAUCGGCAGUCAACUGAAUCAAGCAUUACAGUCGAUGGUUCAAUGGGGGCCAAGAACGGGGUUAUGUUACGAACUAGGAGUGGUAUGGCAGCAAGUGGAGGAGGGCUUCCUGAUGGUAUGCUGGAGACAAUGGCAAGCCGGAAUGAGGGGCCAGCAAGGGUUGGUGCCAUCAAGAUGGUUAUUGAUAAUCUAAAAAACCAGGUUCAUGAUCUUCAGAAGGCAAUUGAUCAAUUGCAAGGUCCUCAGUCAGAGAAAGGCAAUGUUUCACCUGCCAGGGGCAGAAGCGAAGAUAAUCCCAGGUUGUGGGACCCCUUCCCAUGGCAGGGGCCGCGAGGAGCAUAUGGAUGGAAGUGGGCAGAACAGGGCAUCUAUUAUAAGGUGGGGCACCUGUGGGAUGAAGAGCGGAAGGAUUGGCGAACUAAUGGGGAAAUGGAGGCGGGACUGCAGGGGCAGAUGAAGAGGGGGCAACGGGUUAAAGAAUUGCGAGAGGCUAUCCCCCUUCAGUGGGUUGAGAUGCUAAAAAAAGAUGACAUAGCAGUGGGACAGUGGGUUAAGCUCAAGAGAAGAACGGAACCUGAGAGGCUCUACCGGAUUGAACAGGUUUUACCGGGCGGAACUCUGGAAGUCACCGAGUGUCAAAUGAGGUUGGGCGUGGGAUGGGAGGGAAUGGAGGAACCAUUGCAAGACGCAGAGGAGGAAGAGGUGGAAGAAGAGCCACUGGAAAGGAGAAGAAGGGAUCAAAGAGGAGAAUCCAGUGGGAUGAAAGAUGAUCAAUUGGAGAAGAAGAUUACGGAGUGGGUGGCCAAUUUAUCCCUGGGGCAAGAAGAAGCACUGAUGUAUGUGCCCAGGGACGAACAGGAGGCGACCUUGAAAGAGUGGGAGGCGGAAGAGGACCCACUCAGGCGCCAAGCCCUAGAGGAUGAAAAGAGGAUGGAGUGGAAAUUCCGGCUAACAAGGGAGAGAAAAGCAAGAUUAGAUGCGGUGAGUCGGGCGGCAAAGGAAUUGGAAGAAGUGAGGAAGCAGAGGGACCAGAUGGCGAGGCAGGUUGAUUUGCUGGGGAAGAUGGAAAUCAUGGCAAGGAAUAUCGAACGCCUGCUAGCGGCUCAGGAAGAGCAAUACCAGUUUAUUAGAAGUCAGGACAUUGCUUUGCGCUCGAUACGGCUGGGAUUCAGGGAGUCUGCAAGGGAGUUAGUCGUACAGGUGGGAUCCGAAGUGAAGGCCCGCCUAGACAGCACAAAGCGUUAUUGCACAGGCGCCAUAGAGGGCGCCAAGUUGGCCGCACCCAAGGAGGAAACGGCGCGUCCCCAUAGAGAGCUUGCGAAGGUCAAGUUCCACGACUCCUACAAUGGAAAGAGGGAGGAGAACUUUGACAACUGGGAAAACAACAUUAAAACGUAUGUGCACUUGCAGAACGUCGCUCCCGACGAACAUGUCCUGAUAGCUAUACACGCUCUUAGAGAGGAAGCAGCGAGCUUCGCCCGUUCCCUGUGUCGCGCCGCCAACUGCAAUGAUGAUUUGGUGGCCUAUUCCGCGAUCACUCCCCUCAGUGACUUUCUGAAGUUGCUGAGAGAACGGUUUGCAGACGUGACCCAUUGUGUCAAAGCGUCAGAUAAGCUGCAAACCAUCCAUUCUCGUCAGUGGAGGAGUGCAAGGGCACUCAAAGGUGUGAUGGACGAGUUGGUCGCCGUUCUUGACCAUGGGGUUACUGAGACCCAAUUGGUCAAUCUCUUCUACCGCGCUAUGCCCGAACAGUUACGCGGGCAUUUCUUCGAAAAGAGCCAGCAACCUACCAUGACCUACGAUGCACUUAGCAGGGAAGUGGUAGCGUUUGAAGCACGGUCUGCGCCAGUUUCCACUUUCUGGCACAAGGACCUGGACAAAGACAAAAUGUGGAAGGGUCGUACUAUCUCAGGUCAAGUCAAGACCAAGGAUCAUUUGAUCCUUACAUUAGAUGAGGGAGGUCUUGGAGAAGCUGAGGGGAGGGAAGUUAACUUCAAGAUCAAUGCAAAGAAGUGUGAGUGGGCAAAGACCCAAGUAUUGUAUCUAGGCCAUGUUUUAGACGGAGAUGGCAUUAAGCCAGAAUAUAGCAAAAUUGCAGCGAUUAGAGAUUGGCCUACACCCCGCACGUUGACAGAAUUGCGGUCGUUCUUAGGCCUAGCAAAUUACUAUAGGAAGUUUGUCAGAAACUUCUCCACCAUCGCUGCACCUCUUCGCAGAUUGCUAAAGAAAGAAACAAUCUGGAAGUGGGAUAAGGACUGCACGUCUGCCAUGAAGAAGUUGAAGCAGGCGUUGAUAGAGUACCCAGUCCUUAAGGUCGCCGAUCCGUCUUUACCUUUUGUUGUUACCACUGACACGAGCCAGUAUGGCAUAGGUGCUGUACUACAGCAAGACGAUGGUAGCGGAUAUAGACCCGUAGAGUUCAUGUCUGCUAGGAUGCCUUCAGAGAAGGUUGCGACAUCCACCUACGAGAGGGAACUCUACGCUCUCAGCUCAUUAGGGCCGGACGUUUUCGACGACAUGAAACCUGGUACUCCUGACCGGCAGCAAGAAUUACCUCCUCCCUUCUCGCGGACGAAGGGUCGGGUGCUUAGGGAUGGUGCUAUUCCGAUGCUGACUUCAGAACCUAGCGACGUCUCGAAGCAGUUGGCAUGCUCUCAAGAUUUUAGUAUCUGCAGGACAGUGGGAAUGAACAAGAGUUCAGCCGAGGAAAGCAGCAGGAUAUCCAAAUAUGCAACUCUUGAGUGGGUGGCUGGUAGAAACCGUGAAGCUGUGCCUUUUGCUGAUGUGCUGAAAUUGGGUUACAAGAAGGAACACAACGUGGCAGCCACUAAAAUUCAAGCACGGGUUGUUGGAAACCAGGUCAGGGCUCGACUUGCGAGGUACCACAGAGAGCAACAAGCUGCGACUUCAAUACAGGCAGUGUGGCGCGGAGUCGCAACGAGACUGAAACGGCAGAGGUCAAAAGUAACCUCAGGCGUCUCCAGGAAUCUGCUGCAGAGGCAGGAUCUGGAUGCAGAGGCAUCUGUGUUCCAAAGGGUGGGAGAUUCUGAGGGGCCUUCUCCUGUGGUGCGAGAAGGGUUUGAAAAGAGAAGCCAGCUGAUUGAUGUCCAGAGUGGCAAUGAUUUGGAAGCACUUGUCCGCAGUGUUAUCAGUGACGUUAAUCGGCUGAGGGAGCAGUAUAUGACACUCGAGACAAAGGUAGCACUGGCAACGGACAAUCGAGCUUUUCUUGAGCAAGUGGUGCGCUGCCUCUGGGAUGAGAUGAGAGCCUUCCGACGAUGGCGAGACAGGUGUCUGCUGAAGGAACAAGGCGUUGCUGUUAUUGUCAUCCAACGGUGGUGGCGAGGGCACCAAGCACGUCGGGAAGUGGCAAAGAUGAAGGCUGAGAUUCAAUUCCAGGAGGAGCAACGUCUUCGCCGGGUUACAAUGAUCCAAGCUAAUAUUCGCAGGUAUCUCCAGCGUAAACGAUUCCUGCAGCACUUGGCUGAAAAGAAAGCAGUCAUCAAGAUCCAGGCUGCCAUUCGAGGCUACCUAGUGAGAAAGCACUAUAACAAGCUGCGAGUGGAGAAUCAGGUUGAGGGGUUGAUCAAGGAUGUUAUCUUGUUAAGGGGGGAGGUCGAUGCGACCCGUCGAUGGGUUAUGGCCCUAGCAGCAGGCUUCGACCCGUCUUCCUCUUCUCCCAAAAGGGUAUCGCUAGUAGAGGGCCGGUCAAGGAUAGACGACGAGACCAAGAGGCAUGGUCCUGCUCCAUCCGUUGUGAUAGGAUGUCAUGACAAUUACAGCAGAUUUCCUCCGCAUGUCGUCGCCCCGCUUCAGUCCGACCUCCGGCCUACUACCUCCGCCACGAUCUCCCCAGUGGGACACAAUCAAGGAUUCGCCAGCACUGGGGUCCCCCCACCUUCGCCAUCCUCUUCCCCUCGGUUCCAUCCAGCCCGUUCUCAUGCCACUUCUGAACCAGCGUGGAGCAGAGGAGGUGAAACGCACGAGGGCGAAUGCCGACCUCCUUCCUCUGGUGCUGGAGUCCAUCCGACUCGACGAGCUGUUGAGCAAAGGAGCUAUUGUUGCUGUGCUUGUCACUUUAGCAAAGACGAUAACAAUGGAGUUUCUUCCUUGCGUGGAAACUUGAAGAGGAGAAUCGACAUAAGAGAUGGUGGCGGAGAUGAUGGAGAUAGUGGAGGCACUCAAGAUGUGAACAAUGCUAAUGCUCCAGGAUGGCUUAUGCUCAGCCCUCGUGGGCCCGCUCCAAGCAAGUGGGCCAAAGUAUCCAUUGCCCAUGGUCGCCACGAUCGCUGGCAAGGUGAGAAGACCAGGCAUCAAGAAGACGACAAUGAGCGCAAGCAGGAGAGAACAACAGGACGCCAUCUGGAUGGGGAGUAUGGGUUUGAAUCAUCAUGGAGUUGCAAUGCAGGAGAUGAGGUGUGCCAUACUGGUUGUGCCCGGGACGAGCACGAAAGUGAAGUGCCUCUCGUAAAUAUCGGUGAUGAUGGAAUCGACAGCCGGGAGAACUGUGCUGCUAAUGGCCUCGAGGGCAGCGAUGAAAUGGAGCAGUUCCAUUCGGCAGGCAGUGGCGAGGACGCCGAUGGGGAGGAUGCUGAUGCAGAGAGUUCCCCAGCAACCACACCCUCCUUUAACCGUGAGCAGCACAAGAAGUGCACCGAUCUUCCCAACUGGCUUCAGGUUUCGCAAAUGGAGGUUCAGAAAGCAGAAGGGGUUUCCCGAGAUGCCACCAGAAAUCCUGCAAGGUUGGGCAGCUCGGGCCUGACUGCUAGUACGAUGAGAGCUGGGCCAACGUUGUGGGACAGCACGAGCAGUAUUGCGAUGGACAGGGAAUGGGUUUCAAUCAUCGAUAACAGAGUGUUUGCCUUUGCAAACAGUAAAGGAGGGGAAACACUGGUGCAGGACAGGUGGGGAGAACCUGCUUCUGCUCCAGGAUCUGAUUCUUUGCCAGGUCUUGUUCGUAGAGAAUGGAGUGGAAGUGAUGAUGGUGACAACCAGAUGGACGAUUACUGUUGUGGGAGUUUUCCUGAUAGUGAUGACAUUAGAGGUGACAUCACGCAGUGGCUCAGCGGUGGCGAUACCAUCGACGGAAGAAAUGGCGGCGGCGUGCGAGAAGGUGGACUUCAUGAGAUUGAUGCUCAAAUGAGGGGCGGAAAUUGUGAUGCGACUGGUGUUGUGGAUGAAGGCAAACUGGUUGGUGGCGCUUUGACUCUUCCGCACGGAGCUCGGUUCAGUCUGGAUAUGGAGGAGGAAGAGGGGCACAGCAAAGUGAAAAAGCAGGACGUAAGAGAAACAGUGCCAGGUCACUUCGACAAGCGUAAAGACAGCAGCAGCGAUGGCCCUCACUAUCUUCGCUGCAGUCGGAUUGGGGAAUUCGAACUGUGUGAGUACAACAGUGAUACCAGCACCAGCAGUUACUGCAGAAGCAGCCUGGGCAGGGAUCUUGAAGGUGGUGGGUUAUUUCCGAACCGCAACGAUGCUGGUGCAAAUGGAGGGCCGCGACGAGGGCGAAAGACAGAGAAAUGUGCACGGAGGGCAGGUAUAUUGCAAAUUGUCACGUUGAGGAGAAGGGCUGCUGGAGUGAUUUCUAGAUCGCACGAUAUGAAACCAUGAAAGGACAGUGUGUGUGUGCUUGUUAUAUAAUAUAUAUGUAUUUGUGAAAUCUAUACUAAUUUCAUAGCCAUAUACAUAUAUGUAUUGAUACAAAGGGUCAGUAUUAACUUAUUAUUAUAGACAAAUAUACAUAAUACAUGCGACGAGUAGGAACAGAACCGUAAGACGCUCUUCGCUAUGCAUACAGCAGAUAUAGGCGAUAGGAGCUUGUAGACGACCGACUGAAGGGAUCUCCAUGUAGUGCCUCCGUCACGGAGUAGGGAGUGACAGAGUGCACCAAGUCUGUCAUUAGCUCAGUCAGUGGUGAAAGCUGACUGUUAGUAGAUGUCUCGUGUUGCAUGCCGGCACUUGUGAUUUGCAGUGUGUGUUGUAGGUCAGGAACGUAGUCUGCAGUGAGGGAGGUGUUGCGUGCCGGCAUUUGUGAUUUGCAAUGUGUGUCAUAGGUCAUGAAUGAAGAAUGUAGUUUCCUGUGAUGGAAGGGGUGCCAAUAAUGAUGUCAUAUUGUCGUAUGAAAAGAAGAUGAUGAGAAGGUUUGGUAAUAUCACCUCUGAAAUAAGCGUUGAAAUGUUGAAGAUGAACUUUUUUCAGUUAUUCUUCCUGUGGAAGGCGGAUGGGGGAAUACCCCACACUUCCUCUGCUCUGCUGUUUUGCUGACUCAUUUCUGAGUUUCCAAUGCCUUGUAACUAAUAAUCAAUCGAAGGACGUGUU